AUGAAAUCGCCGUCACCCUUGGUUGAUUUUUCAAUCUUUCUUCUUACCCUGCUCACAUUGGCAUGUUUUCUUCUACGCACAUGGCUUGGUUCCGUGGGAAGACGUCUACCGCCUGGUCCUCCCACAGGCUGGUUUGGGAAUUUUAGUUUGCCAACUAGCUAUCAGUGGCUUCAUUAUGCGAAGUGGAAAGAAUCAUACGGCGACCUCAUAUAUGUCUACAUUCUGGGUAACCCCAUCAUUGUCAUCAACUCGGCACAGGUAGCAGAAGACCUUCUUGAGCGGCGGAGCAAAAAUUAUUCUUCGAGGCCCAUCAGAACUAUGGUAGUCGAACUAAUGGGAUGGGAUUGGCUCUUUUCGUCGAUGCCGUAUGGGAGCAGGUGGAAACAACACAGAUCGCUCUUCCAUCGUCACUUUCACAGGCAACAGACGUCCAACUAUUACCCAGUCGUAGUAAAGGAAACCUAUACAACUCUUCGAAAUUUGGCCAAUACACCGGAUGACUUUGCUCACCACUUGCGCUGCGCAGCUGCAGCUAUCAUUAUGAGAAUCUCAUACGGACAUGAAGUUUCGGGCCAAGGUGACAUUUACGUGACGCUGGCGGACGAAGCAAUGCAGGGCCUUGGCAUGGCAGGCAUAUUUGGCUCGUUUUGGGUUGAUUACCUACCAUUUUUGAAAUACGUUCCCGCAUGCAUGCCGGGCGCGAAUUUCAAGCGUCGAGCACUGAUAUGGCGCAAAAUGACCAGGGCCAUGGUCGACCAACCAUUUCAGGCAGUGAGGGAACGCAUGGCGAACGGCACUUCCAUUACAUGUUUAGCGCAGAAGGAACUGGAGGAGUUGCAAAAGAGUGCAAAUCCGGAUCCUGACUAUGAGACCACGAUUAAAAAUGUUGCAGGUAUCUCCUAUGCAGCUGAUUUGCAGACGGUUUCUACCUUGCUUUCAUUCGUCUUGGCGAUGCUGGUUCACCCCGAAAACUUGAUAAUGUUCUUGCCAUGGAGCGCCUGCCAACUGUUUGCCGACAGAUCUGAACUGCCAUACAUUGACUGUAUUGUUUGGGAAUGUCUACGAUGGAACCCAGUGCUCCCUAUGGGGGUGGCUCACUUUGUAUCUUCAAAUGAUGAGUACAACGGUUAUUUUAUUCCCAGCGGUACCGCAGUCUUGCCUAACAUUUGGGCAAUCCUUCACGACGCUGAUGUUUAUCCGGAUCCAUUAACUUUCACCCCUGAGCGUUUCUCGGACCAAGCAAGGAACGAGGACCUUGGUAUCAAUAAACUUCCUUGGCCAGCCUUCGGCUUUGGCAGACGGAUGUGUCCUGGACGCUGGCUGGCGUACGAAUCUGUUUGGUUUUCAAUAGCGUGCAUUCUAUCCGUGUACUCAAUUGAGAGAGCCAUUGAUGAGAAUGGCCUCGAGAUUGUGCCAGAAGUUGUGUACACUGCCUCUCUGCUCAGCCGACCUAAGCCUUUCAAGUGUCGCUUUAUACCUCGAUCGGAAAGAGCUGAUCACUUAAUCAAGGGUUCUGCCUCCUGA